AGUUCGUGUCUGACCUUACAGCAAGAUGGAGUUGUUUCUGCUUUCAUUAGUUUUGUUCGCCGGCUAUACGAAUAUGGUAGCCGCCGUCACUGCACCGACUAUGCAGCUUAAUGAUGGAAAUAAAAUUCCUAUACUGGCGUUGGGAACUUACAGUGGCACAGGAGAGGUAAUGCGUCAGACUGUUAACCGAGCAGUGGAAGUGGGCUAUAGACACAUAGAUACAGCAGCGCUCUACCAAAACGAAGCUGAUAUUGGAAAAGGAAUAGAUGACGUCAUCAAAAAGGGGCUGGUAAAGAGGGGGGACCUCUUUAUCACUACCAAGCUGUGGAACGAUAAACAUGCUCGUGACCAAGUGGUGCCAGCUCUGAGAGAGUCGCUAGCCAGACUGGGGCUAGACUACGUGGACCUGUAUCUCAUACACUCUCCAGCCUCUGAAAAUCCUGAUGGCAGUCCUGCUAAUAUUGACAUUCUAGAAACAUGGAAGGGAAUGGAGGAAGCGAAACAGUUGGGAUUGGCCAAGUCUAUCGGAGUAUCUAAUUUUGAUGUGGAACAGGUCAAAAGGAUCAUAGACAACAGUCAAAUUAAGCCUGCUGUCAACCAGAUUGAGGUUCAUGCAACGUACACUCAAGAACCUUUAGUCUCCGCAAUGCAGAAGCUGGGCGUAGCUGUAAUGGCAUACAGUCCCUUCGGAUUCUUAGUAAACCGGGGAGAAUCAUCAGCACCCCCUCCUCAGACCGACGAUCCAAUUUUAACGAAAAUCGCUCAGAAGUAUGGCAAAAGUACACCGCAAGUUAUACUGCGGUAUUUAAUCGACCGCGGCACAAUCCCGAUCCCCAAGAGUACCAAUAAGGACCGCCUGCAGCAGAAUAUCAAUGUAUUCGAUUUCUCUCUUACCCCAGAAGAAGUAGCAACUAUCAAUAAGUUUGACGUCAACAGAUCUGUAUUUUCUUAAAGCACAAUAAAAUAUGGUUCUAACGGU